AUGCUUUUUCGCGGGAUCCAUGGCGAGGGUUUCGAAGGUGGCCGGGUGAUCGAACGUCUCGUAGCUCCACAAGUUGUCGCCGUCUUCCUUGGUGUUGGUGUAGAGCUUGCGGCGCCGCUCUCGGGCGGCGAUGGCCUUUCCCUGGGCGAUGACGUGUGGGAUGUAUUUCGAGGUGAUGACGUGGCGGUGGCGGCUGUGGCAGGUGAGGGUCAAGUAACGCUUGGCGUUGUCACGGGAGUUGUAGGAGAGGGAGAUGGACUGGCGAUUGGGGACGAUCUCGCCGGAGGCCCACCAGAUCUUGGCGCCGGAGAACUCGUCGAGGAGGACGGAGUUGGAGGCACGGGAGAAGGAGGCCUUGAGGCAGCGGGCCUGGGAGGUAGAGGUGGCGUUGAGGUAGCGCUGAAUGGACUUGAAGGCGGGGCUGCGGGAGAAGCCGGAGCCUUGGUACUCGGGGAAAGUGAUUUCGACGUAGGGGUUUAA